GCACCGUCAUCUGAGAGUCUCACCGAGCGACGAACACGAGGCUGGGGCAGGAUCAUGUCCUGUACGGAUGCUCAUCAAUCGGAGCGCGAAGGUGCGCCUGCGUGCUCCUGCCCCGAACCCUCAGGCCUGACCCGGGGACGUCUCGCUUGCAUGUCCUCAGCUGAGGAAGAACAGCCUGCCGAGACAUACACUUCCACGCUGGACGCAUCCAUAGCCGCCAUCGAUGCCCAAAUAGCAGUCCACCGUGCCCACAUCGCAUCCCUCGAGCGCGAUCGCGCGCAGUUGGUCGAAGUCAAGCGUCGCGAGCAACUCAUAGAAGCCGAGCACUGCAUGCAAGCGCUACAAGCCCCCAUCCUCCGCCUCCCCAGAGAACUCCUCGAGCUCAUCACCCACGCCGCUCUCCCGCCCCAAUGGUCGACCGCCGUCAGCGGCACCAUCUGCUUCCCUCUCCUUCAGUCCUGUCGCCGCAUCCGCGUCGUCGCGCUCACCAUGCCCGAGCUCUGGUGCACAAUCGUCCUGCCGCCUAAUCAAUCUCUAAUCGCAGACAAGUUCUACGACGUGGCGCAGCGAUACCUGGUCCGUGCCCAGCCCCUGCCCAUCCAUCUCGUCGACCCAACCAAGCAAUACCGCCGCCAGGACGCGCGCCUCGAUCGGUGGAUGGUCGAGCACAUGGCCCGUUUCCGCACAGCUACGUGGUGUAUGCAUCUCGCCAAUCUUGCGCCCACCAAGGUGGCCGCGCCGUCCUUGGAAUCCGCGAUGUUCCUCGCUACGUAUCGCAAAGGCGCGGCGGACACGACGCCCUCCGGUCUUCUGACAAUCGUCGACGCGCCGAUGUUGCGGACAGUCACCAUCGGCGUGUUCCUGCCUCUCGCGGCCCUCGAGCUUCCCUGGGCGCAGUUGACGGAGCUCAACGUGCGCAUCUUCAGGUUUCGGCCCGAGAAUCUGCACGUCUUCCAGUCCUGCGUUGCCCUGUCGACACUCAAUGUCUCCGUCGAGUACGAAUUCGCACUGCCCGAAUGUCCUCCUAUUGCACUGAACAGCCUGCGUACCCUCAAGGUGGGGGAUUACGCGACGUUGCUGGCUCCCCGCAUUGUUACUCCCGUUUUGACCGACCUAUCCAUCUACAUAAGCACCCAACAACACUGGGACCCCGUCCUUGAUUGGACGCCUCGAAUGAUUCCUAUAUCAACCUGGCUAAAGAACUCAACACCGCCCUCUUCUCUGCACGCUCUAACCGUCACGGGACUGUGGCGCGACAGCCACUUGGAUGAUCUGAAAGACGUCUUCCUUCUCCUCCCUACGAUCGAUCACCUUUCUCUGAGCUGUCGUGAGUCGGACGCUGCGGAGGACCACGAUCUGCUCAAGGCGAUCAUCCUGUUAGACGAUACCGCCAUCCUCCCGAACCUGGAGCACCUGUCUCUUCAGAUUGAGCACGGCGCUUUCGAAACCAUGCUCGACUUUGGGACCGCGUUGAAGAAGUUCGCUCUCUGUCGAUGGGCGAAUGGCGGCGAACGGCCAACGGGUCGAUUGACGUUUCGCUCGCUAGCCUGCGAGAAGCGCGAGUGCAGGUGUUACGUGGAGACGGAGUGGUUAGAAACGCUGAAGGCUGAGGGAAUCCUCGUAUAUAGACCGACGUGCACUUGAUCCUUAAUUUACUGUUGUUAAUGUGGUCACUUUGUAUGUGCCACAAUUGAUCGAGGUUGUGGGAAAUUGACUUAGCCACAAAAAACACACGCUGGC